AUGGACCCCUCGGGGUCAACAGAAGGAGUAAUCUCAGCAUCCGACGGGACGGUUGGGAAGAAGACAUUGGCGGACAGACUACUCGAGAGUAAAAUGAAAGCGACUCAUGCGGUCCAGCAUGAGGAUUACAAGGACAAAUCCGGCGAAGAGCUGUCGGAAAUACUGGAGGAAAAGAUCGGCACAGAAAGGGAUCUCGUCGACAGAAUAGGGAGGAGGUUGAAUACGAUGCUCGUCGCCGUCGAACAUGCAAAUAACGUAGCGAAACUGGUACAGACCCUGCUGGCUGAUGCUAUUGAUGUGUUCAAGCAAGCCAUCACCGCACGUGCAGAGGCACAACAUGUGGUGGUACUAGUGAACAAGGCAGCAGGAGCUGUGGCAUCAGGGACCCAUAUGACUCUGGAAGAGAGUGUGCUUGCGGAGAUAAGGUCGAUUAACUCCAAGCUGACUGAUCAGGGCGAACAAAUAUCGGCAAUGGCGGCCACCAUUAAAAGUGGACAAGGCGAAGCUGGGCAGUGGGCGGAGGUAGUAAAGAGGAAGGCAUACCAGAAGAAAGCAGGCGCUAAGCUAGUUCCACCACUCGCAGGGGGUGACCUAGGGUUACCCACUAGGACCAACCCGAGCGCAAGGACUACUAGAACGCGUCCCCCGGCCAUUCUAGUCCGAGUCAAGGAUGUUUCCUAUUCAGAGGUGCUCAAGAUGAUCAAGGGCAGCGGGGAAGUCCAAGCAGUCUCGGACUACAUCGUAGGACUGAGUAAAACCAGAGACGGUGAUCUACUUAUACGGCUCAAAGCCAAGAACCAAACGUCGGGAAAAAUCGUCGAUGCGAUAAGCACGGCGAUGGGGGAUAAGGCAGCGGCCAGGGAAAUGGCACAUUUCCAGAAGGUUGUUGUACAGGAUCUCGACGAGCAGGCUGAGCCGUCGGAGAUUGUCGAGGCAAUCUGCGGCGCAACCAACGCAAAGUCCGAGGAGGUCAGGGUGAUAUCGACAAGAUAUCUCAGCAGAGGGCAAAAGUGGGUAGUAAUCUCACUCCCAGCCCACAUUGCGAACAAGGCUCUGGCAGCCGGGAAGCUAAGGGUCGGGUACGUUAAUUGCCGGAUACGUUCUUGGGAAUAUCGCGGGAGAGGCAGAUGUCCUAAAUGCCUGGCGUUCGGGCACAGGUGGGACGACUGCUCGGGUCCAGAUAGGGGAGACCGUUGCAGGGAAUGCGGAUUAACCGGUCAUCAGGCAGCAUCUUGCAACUCCACAGAGGACGUUCGAGUCGUUUUUAAGGCAGUCCUGAGUGGUAACACAGGCGGAAAACGAAAUGAUUAG